UCCUGCGAUGUAUGGAGAUACAUUUCCACGUCAGCUUACGUUUCCAAAUUUUUACUCCGCGGAUCAGCUUCAAAGAGGCAGCAGCAUCUAAGGACCAUGUUUAGCUGUGCGAAUGCAAGCUAUUCUUGCGCUAGGGGACCCCAAGAAAGCGAUGAUGGAUUUUGAUGAGCGGGUUCCUUGUGGCUCUAACCUUUAUUUGCCUAGCUGUACCUAUUAUGUCUCCGGUCCGGAUUUCUCCAGCCUGCCUUCAUUUUUACCUCAGACACCGGCUUCUCGUCCCAUGACAUAUUCUUACUCGUCUAAUAUCCCCCAGGUUCAACCUGUGCGGGAAGUUACCUUCAGAGACUAUGCCAUCGAUCCUUCCAAUAAGUGGCAUCACAGAAGCAAUCUCCCCCACUGCUAUUCCGCAGAGGAGCUGAUGCACAGAGAAUGCCUGCCUGCCAGCACCAUGGGCGAGAUGUUAAUGAAAAAUAGCGCCAGCGUUUACCACCCCAGUUCCAACGCGACUUCCAGCUUCUACAACCCGGUGGGUAGGAACGGUGUCCUGCCGCAAGGAUUUGAUCAGUUCUUCGAGACUGCCUACGGUUCUAGUGAGAAUCAGCAGUCGGAGUAUUGCGGGGAGAAGAGCCCAGGUAAAGUGCCGUCUGCGGCAAUUUCAAGUUCGGAGACUUCCAGGGUGUCGGUGGAGAAGGAGACGAGUCCCGGGAGCAGCAGCCCGGAAUCUUCUUCCGGCAACAAUGAGGAAAAAAGCAGCAACUCUAGUGGCCAGCGUACACGUAAAAAAAGAUGCCCCUAUACCAAGUACCAGAUCAGGGAGCUGGAGAGAGAAUUUUUUUUCAGUGUCUACAUCAAUAAGGAGAAGCGCCUACAACUUUCCCGCAUGCUCAAUUUAACCGACCGCCAAGUUAAAAUUUGGUUUCAGAACAGGAGGAUGAAGGAAAAGAAGUUGAACAGGGACCGCCUUCAAUAUUACACUACGAAUCCAUUGCUCUGAGAUUAGACUGAGUUUACAAAGAGGCAUUCCACCUUCCUAACUUCUACGAUGAAAUCGGCCAGGCCAGAAGGCAGAGGUAAAAAAAAGCUCAAGUUCGAGUUUGUGAGCAGACACUUUAAUACAACUCUGACGGGCCAGACAACUUUUCAAAACUAAUGGGGACGUCUAGUUUCAACUUUAAAAAGUAACUGGAAUUAAUGUUCAUCGUUGACUUCACACACAGCCACACACAGACCCACGCACUCACACACUUAUUAAUACACACACGUCUCCUAUAUAUUUAAUACAUAGAGUAUCUCUUGAGAUUAACUUUUGAGAUGUCAAGGUGAACGUUUGGACUUAGUUAAGCGAAACCGAUUUUUUUUUAAAUUCAAGGAAGAAGGCAGCUUCUAUACAUGAACGGACACGUGUACUGAAGGUCUGGGAGAAGGAGUGGACUGUUGUGGACCAGCUGCAAUAUAAACGUAUUUUUAAAAAUAAGGCGAUAAGAAGCGCAUGCUUUAGAUUAGGAACAUUACAGUGGCACUCAUUGGAUAUAUAUUUGUUAUCUUCGGUUACAACUAGUUGCAAGCAGUCUCGUUCUUUUGCAACUGAGCCUUCUGAAAGGAGGGAACGUAGCGCAGCAGUUCCACAAAUAAUGCCUGCUUAUCGCUGUUCAGCAUACUAAAACUCGUCUCUAGAAAAGGCAGAUGACAACUUCCAUCUCCACAAUAGAUCCACAUUUAUUUCCAUACAUAUCAAUCAGUACUCCCCACCCCCACCUCCAUUAUUACCCCAAAAGGUAACAUGCAUGCAAAUAUCCAAUUUGAAAUUCAUAGCAAAAAGAAACACCGUUUCUAAUGAGUGUGGAAUUUAUAUUAGUCAUUAAAAUAAACAAGUGUGGUUAAAUUCUGUUUAACAUGUACAAAUCUGUAUAUUUUAGCUGUUGGCCUCGAUAUAUAAACACCUUACCAUUUAAUACAUAGCUUGGAAUAAUAAGAUAUUUGAAAACCGGCUAUUUUAUGCUCGCUGAAGCAAUCCGUGUGUGUUUAUUUGUACUUGACCCAUUGUGCUUCGUAAUUUACAAAUGCGGUUUUUACGUUUCAAUUUUCAAAAGGAAGAGAUGCUACCCGUGAUGGCAUACUUGAGCACAAAGUAUUGUAAAUAUGUCGCUCUUUUGGUACAUUAUGAAUGUGUAUAGGAAUUGGGUUUGAAAGCUGCUGCUCAUGCAUCUAUCCUUUUCACGGAUUCCCCCAAAGGGUGACAAGUCUACAUUAUUCACCAUUUUGAAGCCAUCUUUAUCCGUGUGAACCAAAGACAGAAAAAUAUUUUCAUUAAACACAUAAGUGUGUUUAUUGCACAAUGGUAACAUUUCCUGUACAUUCACCAUUUAAGCUUUUUAUAGGCCGAUAUACCUAUAGGCCGUAUUGUACAAAAAUCACCCACACUUUACCUAACGACAUAUACCAGCCUUCAAAAUCACUUUUGUUUAUUUUAUCAGUUUAAAUUCAAUGUUUCGUUGUGGCCUUUGUUAUUAACAUCAUCAAAAUAGCUUCUUUUAUUGUUCAUUCUCAUAAAAUGACAGAUGACAGCGGUUGGCUGCUCGCCGUUAUCUUUAUUUUUUGUGAUUCUAGUUUAUUUUGCAAAACACUGAAAUGUAUUAAAAGGCUGGAACAUGCACCACAGAAGUGGUGUUUUUUUUUACAUUAAGCAUUUAGAUUUUGAAAUGUAGCACCAAUUAUUUUAAGAACAAUCAGAUGCUGUUUUAUUAAAUGUGAAAUCGACAUUUGCUUAACAUUUGUAUAUAAUUUAUAUUUAUCAAUUUGACUAAAGUGGGGGUAAAUGUGCAUGUCCAUGUUGAGAGAGCGCACAAUUGGAUUUCAUGUAGAAAAAGUAAUGAAGGUGCUUUCUCUUGAGGGCGAACUUCGUUGGGUAUUCAAGCCGAAAACUAAAACACCUGCAAAGUAUUGUAAUAUUGUUCGUUUCAUGUACGUAAUAAGCAACCAUUAAAGCUGGAUAA